GCCGAUUGCAUGCCUGGCCCCACAGCAGAUCCGACUCUCCAGCCAGCAACCACAUGCUGCAGAGGAGGUGUGGGGUUUCGCCGAGGAGUCUAUGUCGAAGGCGGAACGAGAACAGAAAGAUGCGGAAGAGAUGAAGCAGUACGAAGCAGGUCUGAAGGACCCCAGCAAGUACGUGAUGCCCCCCCGCAAGAGAAUGCGCGAACUUCUCGGCCUCCCACCGGAAAAGAAGACAGUGACGAAGGGCCAGCUGCUCGCCAAGACCUUGCCUCCGGAUGCACUUCUUUGGGGUCGAGCUCUGAUGCAGAGAUUCAAAGAGAAGGGAGGCUCCGUGUCCUACAACUUGAAGGUGGACCGAGAAAGGAAGGCAACUUGCACAAGAGCCAGGCAUUGA